AUGUCAGACAGCGCAGACGAUGCCCUGGUUCUCCUGGAGAUCCUUGAGGUUCUGGGUGCAUGUCGUGCACGAGUGUCAUACGCAGACGUGUGCGUGUAUCUGAGUGGACGUUAUGAACUUAAUCCGCUGUUGGAGCUGCGGAGUCUGCUGUACUCCACGGCCUGCCGUGAUCCGUGCUUUCCGGCCACGCUAUUCCGUGAACGUCUCCACCCUCCCUGCAGCAACCGUCUCUCCGCGGCCGCUGACGUGGUCUCUCUCUUCAACCUGCUCACACACACACGCCUGCCACCCUCACACACUAAUUCCCUGAGCUCCUGUUUGGCCUGCGUUCAGGAGCGUGCACACUGUGAUUGGCUACAUGCAGGAGGCGGAGUUAUAGCUCCAGGCUGUAAAUAUGAGGACUCCACUGAGGCACUGAUCAGUCUGAACACCGGGGGGUUGCACGUAAACACACUCUCACGUUCGCUCGCUCACACGCACCAGCGGCACACCAUGCAGAGAGCGCACUCCCUAGACGUUCCUUGUGGUUCCACAGGGAAACAAGAGUCAAGCGACAAACUUGAUCGAGAUGGGGAUCCUGCUCAAAACUGUGCUCAGAAGAGGAGCAUCUUUAAGGGGGAAUUCCACAAACUGGUGCCAUUUAUUCCCGCAGACGGCAGCCGUCAGAUUCAGGAAGGAUCCAGAGAGGACAGUGAGGAUGGACAAUUUAUCAGCUGCAACAACCCUUAUUCUGAAUCUGCCCAUGACACCCAGACAGAAGAUGUUCAAACACAGUCGUCUGAAACAGAUACACCCCCCAAUGCACAGACUCCCUACAUCCAGAAGCAUAAAAGUCUAGAUGACCUGCAGAGCUCCACUUACUUUGGGCCUACAGUCAUAGAAAGGACGUACCACCAGACGGCAGCCCUGACUGCCAAGAGCUACAGUCUGGACAUCGACAGCAGUCUUGCAGAACCAUCUGAACACAAUAAACCUGGACUGGAAAGAGCAAAACCGCAGAGACCUCGUUCAGAAAAGUCUGCUUUAGACAAAUCUGGACUUAUAAAACCUGGAUUUUCUAAACCCAGCUUUGAAGGCAGCAGUUUUGACAUCCCUGGGUUUGACCCCUUUAUCGUCCGUUCGGUUAGAGACACGCUGAAGCGGCUGAGCGGGCUAAGUUUAGAUGCCUGGUACGAUUGGUCACCUGAUGCCGAGGGUGUGGUCAGCGUGGCCACUCAGACGGACAUGGGUGAUCGCCGUGCCCUGAGGAGCCUCCUGCUCAGCGAAAAGCUCUCGAUCGAUAACACAGACAUAGCAGAGGAUGACAUCAGUGCCAUCUUCCGCUUCUUGGAUGACAUCAGCAUGUGCGGCUCUAUGGCCGUCCUGCCUGGAGACAGCGGAGGACCUCAGGAAGGGGGCGGAGCAGGAUUGCCAGAGCGACGGGAGCGUUUAGGGAAGCUAAGACGCCUGUUUCACUCUCUGGAGGGGCCAGAAGAAGGUGUGCGAUGGGGUGUGGGACGACUCCUGCAGCGUGUCACCGAGCUCGAGCAGCGUCUGGAGCCCAUCUCUGAGCUCAGAGAGCAGCUGGCACUUGUCCUGUCCACACUGAACCGGCUGGAGCAGAGAGGACAACUGGUGCACUCAAACUCUGAACCUGUGCAGCAGCAGCCUCCACCACAGGCUCAGUCAGAAGGAGGCUUGAGACCCAGCUUGAGUUCUGAGGCGGCUGACGGAGCUGCGGCUAAACGAAGAGGUCUGUUUAUACGUAAUUCCAGGAGCCACGCGGAGAGCAGCAGCUCUGAGCAAAAUCGUGAAUGGAGCGUUAGCUACAGCAAGGAGCAACACCUACAUCCUUCACAUGCCGAGCAGCUUGGUGCAUUCUGUAAGAAAGAGAACCAUCCAAUUCAGGAGAGAAAGAGUUCCAUCAUCAUUCCUGAAGUCCACAAGGUUCCUCUACGCAGCUCCAUGCAGAAGGUUAACCUCCACCCAAUGGACCGGCCAAAAGUUUCCUGGAGUCAGUCAGAGCUCACGCCGCUUGACCUGCAGGCCCCUGAGUCUCUGGACUUCUGGAUGGAUGAGGUUUACACUCCGGUGUCUGACACACUCCUGCGCCGCUCUCAGUCUUUGACACGCUGCAGCCGAACGCAGGGAUACCGUAUUACUGCCAUCAGUGUUACUGCCACCGUCAUCCUCAUCCUCAUCAUCGUCAUCCCUAUAUGCACUGCAUAAAAUCACAUGUAGGCAGGAAUGUCUAAACACACACACACACACACACACACACACACACACAUUAACCUAACACAUUCUGGAUGCUAUUGUGUUUUAUUCACGUUAGUUUUUA